AAAAAGAAAGAAAACAAAAAACAUGACAGUAAUAAACCAGCAAAGAAAAGAGCUGGGAAUCUCAUGCAUGCUGAACACGGAGGUGGGCGCCGUCCUCGCCGUGAUCCGCCGCUGCCCGGAGGCGGCGACCGCCCAUUUCUUCCCGCCGGCGGAGCGCUACGAGACCCACAUCUCCCAGUCCCUCAAAUCGCUGCGCUCCCUCAUCUUCAACCCCCGGCACGAGUGGCGCAGCCUCGACCCUUCGUCGUACCUCUUGCCGUUUCUUGACGUGGUCCACAGCGACGAUGUCCCAGCCGCCGCCACCGGGGUGGCGCUCUCCUCCGUCCUCAAGAUCCUUAAGUUUGACGUGUUUGACCACAAGACCCCCGGCGCCAGGGAAGCUAUAAAUUCGUCGGUCGCCGCCGUCACAAAUUGCCGGCUUGAGAAAACUGACCCGGCCUCCGUUGAUGGCAUCAUGAUGAAGAUUUUGCAGGUGCUCGGAGCAAUCAUGGCUCACCCGGCAUCCGUCUGGCUAACAGACCAGGCGGUAUGCGCGGCGGUGAGCUCGUGCUUCCAUGUGGUGCAGCAAUCGGCGGGCCGCGGCGGCGACUUGCUGCACCGCACCGCCAGGUUCACGAUGCACGAUCUGAUCUGCACGGUCUUCUCCCGGCUGCCGGAGGUGACGAGCGCCGCCGCGGCCGCCGAGAACCCGGAGUCGGACGACUGGGAGGACGCCGCCACCGUGGCGGAGGAUUCCGGCGGGUACGGCGUCCGGGCGGCCCUCGACAUCUUCCGUUUCCUCUGCUCCCUGCUGAACGUGGCGGCGGAAGGGGCGGGGGAUUCUGACGAGGGCGUCCAGCUGUUCUCGCUGGCGGUGAUAAACUCCGCCGUGGAGCUGGGCGGCAAUAGCAUGGGGAUGCAUCCGAAGAUGAUGAGGAUGAUUCAGGAUGAUCUUUUCCACCAUUUGAUCCAUUAUGGAUGCUCCACCAGCAGGCCUCUGGUUUUGUCCAUGAUUUGCAGCAUUGUUUUGAAUCUCUAUCACUUCCUUCCCGGGUCAGUUCGUCUUCAACUGGAAGCCUUCUUCUCAUAUGUGCUCUUUAGAGCUGCAAGUACAGGAAACAUCUUGACCCUCCAAGAAGUAGCCAUUGAAGGGUUGGUGAACUUCUGCAGGCAGCCCAGGUUCGUGGUGGAAGCUUACGUGAACUACGACUGCGACCCCACUUUCAGAAAUGUGUUCGAGGACACAGGGAGGCUCUUGUGCCGCCAUGCUUAUCCUUCAGGCCCUGCUUUAACCAGUCUGCAGCUUCAAGCCUUUGAAGGCCUGGUGACUGUGAUCCACAGUGUUGCAGAGAACAUUGACAGGGAAGAAGAUUCCACUCCUUCUGGGCCGUACCCGGUUGAAAUCACAGAGUACGCGCCGUUUUGGGAGGAGGAUGUGGACUUGGAUUCUUGGAUUGACACUGUGAGGGUGAGGAAGGCUCAGAAGAGGAAGAUAUUGAUUGCCGGCGACCAUUUUAAUCGGGACUGCAAGAAGGGUUUGGAUUACUUGAAGAUUUCGAGCUUGGUGUCCGAAACACCCGAUCCGAAAGCGUAUGCUAUGUUUUUCAGGUACACGCCGAAACUAGACAAGGUGUUGAUCGGAGAGUAUCUUGGAGAUCCCGAUGAUUUCCACCUCAAAGUCCUCAAGGAGUUCACAGACACAUUUGAGUUCACUGGAAUGGUUUUGGAUAAUGCCUUGAGGACAUUCUUGGAAUCUUUCAGGUUGCCGGGAGAGUCGCAGAAGAUUCAGAGGGUGCUCGAGGCAUUUGCCGAGAGGUUUUAUGAUCAACAAUGCUCGGAGUUCUUUUGUGGGAAAGAUGCGGUUCUGGUUCUCUGCUAUUCGGUCAUCAUGCUGAACACGGAUCAGCACAAUCCCCAAGUGAAGAAGAAGAUGACAGAAGAUGAGUUCAUCAAGAACAACAGAGCAAUCAACGCAGGGCAAGAUCUUCCCAGAGAGUAUCUCUCUGACCUUUUCCAUUCAAUUUCAACCAAUGCUAUAGUCUUCGAAUCUUCGUCCUCGUCGUGGGUCGAAAUGAAUCCGAAUCAAUGGGUUCAGCUGAUAAACAGAUCCAAGAGUAUGAGUCCCUAUAUCAUGUGUGGUUUCGAUCGUCGCUUGGGAAGAGACUUGUUUGCUUCUAUUGCGGGCCCCUCUGUUGCCACCUUGGCAGCGAUUUUCGAACAGGCUGAUGUGGAAGAAGUCCUCAACGACUGCAUCGAAGCAUUAUUCUCAGUAGCCAGAAUAUGUCAGUAUGGGUUGGAUGAUACACUGGAUGAGCUCGUCUGCACGUUCUGCAAAUUCACCACACUCUUAAACCCUUAUGCUUCUGCAGAAGAAACUUUGUAUGCCUUCAGCAAUGACAUGAAGCCCAGGAUGGCAACUUUGGCAGUUUUCACCAUAGCAAACAGUUUUAAGAACUACAUCAGAGGAGGCUGGAGAACAAUUGUGGAUUGCCUGUUGAAACUCAAGAGGCUAAAACUUCUCCCAAAAUCCGUUCUUGAACCCGAAGUUCCAUCCUUCUCUGAUCGGUCGCGGCAUGAAAGAUCUUCAUCAACAUCAUCAUUUGGUGGAAAGCAACAUAAUGCAUCGGGUGGUGUAAUGGGCCGCUUCACACAGUUUUUGUCCAUGGAAAAUGUGGAAGAGUCUUUGAACCUCGGCGUGAGCGAAUUUGAAAACAACAUAAAGAUUAUUAAUCAAUGCCACAUAGGAAAUAUUUUCAGCACUUGUUCAACUCUGCCGGAAGAGACCUUGCAAAGUCUUGGGCGUUCGCUUAUUUUUUCUGCUGCUGGGAAAGGUCAGAAAUUCAGUACUGCAAUUGAAGAAGAAGAAACGGUUGGGUUUUGCUGGGAUUUGAUCGUGGCCAUUUCUUCAGCAAACAUCCACAGGAUCGCUACAUUUUGGCCCCAUUACCAUGAAUAUCUUUUAGAUGUUGCACAGUUCCCAUUGUUUUCACCAAUCCCCUUUGCAGAAAAGGCAAUGGUUUCACUGAUGAAGAUAUGUCUCAAACUUCUAUCAUCAUCAUCAUCAUCACCCCUCGCAGACAAAGCCCCCGAGGAACUCAUCUUCAAGUCCAUAAAUCUCAUGGCAAAAUUAGAAAAAGAAAUCCUUGACAUGUGCUCUGAGUUCAUAGUACAAUCGGUAACCACAAUCUUGAAUGACUACGCAGCAAAUCUACAGACACUCUUGGGGUGGAAAUCAGUCCUACAACUGUUGUCUGUAUCUGGAUGCCAUCCAGAGAUGUAUGAGCAGAAAGUCGAGGCGAUCAUCAAUCUAAUGUCAAAUGGCUCUCACAUUACAAGAACAAACUACCCUUUUUGCAUUGAAGCCGCAUUCGGAUUUGUUGCACUAAAGAACAGUCCCUUGGAAAAGAACAUCAAAAUCAUGGAUUUGAUGACAAACACAGUUACUUUACUGGUCAGUUGGAAAAGAAGUGGACAUAGUGAUCCAGGAAGCACCCCCAACUCGUCGUCCACUGACGAAAACAAAGCUCUAUCAUCUUCCAACUUCAUAACCACGUGUUUCAUCAAGUUAGGGGAAGCAUUCAGAAAGACCAGCUUAUCAAGAAGAGAGGAGAUCAGAAACCACUCUGUCAUAUCUCUGCAGAAGAGUUUUGAAUUAGCAGAGGAGCUCUGCUUCACUCCCACAACCAUUGUCAAUUGUUUUAAGCUUGUCUUGUUCUCGAUGGUGGACGACUUGCACGAGAAGAUGCUAGAAUACUCGAAAAGGGAGAACGCGGAGAGGGAAACUAGGGGAAUGGAGGGUACUCUAAAGCUAUCAAUGGAGGUGCUGACAGAAGUGUACCUGCGGUACUUGAAGCAAAUAUCAGAGAGUCCUGAUAUGAGGGGGUUUUGGAUGGGAAUCUUGAGAAGAAUGGAUACAUGUAUGAAGGCUGAUUUGGGAGUGUAUGGGGAAUCAAGAUUAUUGGAUACAGUCCCAGAACUACUUAAGAAAAUGGUUCUUACAAUGAAAGAAGAGGAGAUCCUCGUUCAGAAAGAUGAUAAUGAUUUGUGGGACAUGACCAAUAUUCAAAUCCAAUGGAUUGUUCCUUCACUAAAAGAAGAGCUAUUCCCAGAUGAUUGACCAAAAAAGUUGUGCAAUCACACUUCUUAAAAAUUGUAGCUAUGUACUCAGGAGUUCUUUUUUAUAGUAAAAAGAAGCAUAUACAACUUCCUUCAACGUUUAGUUUCAUAAGCCAGCACGUAAUGUUAAUACCUCUUUCUAAAAAACUACGUUGUGAUUC